UCCAAUUAAAAAUAGGAUUGUGCAUAAUAACAAUUCCAAACAUGAAGUUUCCCGGCCUGUGGUGCUGCUGCAAGUAGGAAUGUCAUUGCCCCCUUGUAUGUACAUAACAUAUGACCAUUAAACACUCUUGCUUCUCCUGCCUUGAAGGGCGGUGCUUGGACCCACGGCGCCUGCCCGUGUGCCGUGAGCGGCUUGGCUUUCCUUGGCAGUCGGUCCAGGGAUCCUCGGGACCUGUUGAGCCCAGGACCACACGGGCCCAGCACCGGGACACGGCGCCUGUAGAGCCGGGGACGGCACGGCCCAGCACCGGGACACGGCGCCUGUAGAGCCGGGGCACGGCGCCUGUAGAGCCGGGGACGGCACGGCCCAGCACCGGGACACGGCGCCUGCAGAGCCCGGGACAGCACGGCCCAGGACAUGGCGGAGGCCCAAGUGAACUGGGUGGCGGAGGAGAGGAGCGGCCACUGCGCUGUACUGGACGGAUGCUGCCUGUACGUGUGGGGUGGUUAUGUGACAUACGAAAAUAAUGAAGUUUACUUACCCAAUGAUGAAAUCUGGGUUUAUGAAAUUGAAAGUGGUAUAUGGCAGAGACAACCGAUGAAGGGAGACCUUCCUCGUCCAAUGUCAGGAAGCUGCGCUGCUUGUUUGAAUGGAGUCAUGUACAUUUUUGGAGGAUAUGAUGAUCUGGGAUAUAGUAAUGAGCUGUAUUGUGUUAAUUUGCAAGUGAAGAAUGAUGUGUUCACAUGGAAGAAGAUUUGUAAUUAUAAAGGAAAUCCUCCUACUCCAAGAGAUAAACUUUCUUGCUGGGUACAUAAAGACAAGUUGAUUUACUUUGGAGGCUAUGGAUGCAAGAAAAUAAGUGAACUAAAUGAUUCGUUUGAUGUGAAUGAAGCAUCCUGGGAAGAAGAAAUGUUCUGGGGUUGGAAUUAUGACAUCCAUGUUUUUGAUCCCAGUAUGAAUAUUUGGUACCAGCCUACAAUCAAGGGCAUAUCUCCACGACCUCGAGCAGCUCAUGCAUGUGCCACAAUGGGAAAUAAGGGUUAUUUAUUUGGAGGAAGGAUACUGGAAACAAGAAUUAAUGAUUUGCAUUGCCUGGACUUAGACACAUGGACAUGGUCCGGAGAGAUUACUGUUAAAGGAGUACGUCCACAGGGACGAUCGUGGCAUACACUGACCCCUGUGACAGAUGAUCAGAUCUUCCUUUUUGGAGGACUAAGUGCAGAAAGUCAACCUCUUAGUGAUGCAUGGAUAUACCAUGUUGGAGCUAGUGAAUGGAGGCAACUGGAUCAUUGUCCUAAGAAUAGACCCAGGUUGUGGCAUACAGCCUGUUUGGGAAAGGAGUUUGAAGUGAUGGUGUUUGGUGGCAGUAAAGAUGACCUGCUUUCAUUUGAUUCUGGUCACUGUAAUGAUGUGCUGAUCUUUCAAACACAGCCAUAUUCACUCUUCAGAUUGUGCUUAGACUGCAUUGCCAAAAACGCCACAGUUUUACAGAGUCAGCUUCCAUGGUUGCCACGUCAAUUGUUGUCUCAAGUGGAGAAAAAAAUCACUUUCUGGGUUUCAGCUGGACGCCAAGAAAAAUGAAAAUGUAUUUUAAACAGAGUUUGAUUUAAGAAUAUUUGCAUAUAUCACAUGUAAUGAUGUAUUGCAAGAGGUAUGUCAUUAUGAUUGGCAAAUGUAAUAUUUGAAAUGUGCAAACCCAAAUUGGGUUGAUAUAAAUGUGAUUGUUAAGUUUUAUUGUAUUCAUGUUGUAGACUGAUUAACAAAGUAGGUAAUUCAUUUUAUAUCAUCCUGGGCCAGAUUCUAAAAUAAAUUGUUUUGACUAAUAAUGCCAGUUGUGAAGUUUUUUCAUCAAUAAAUAUAAACUGGUAAAGCAUAGACGCCUUUCAGCUGGCACUCUGAGAGAAAUGAAGAUUUUAGGUAAGUACAAACUGCCCAUCUUUUAUUUUCAUUUGUCAUUCAUUGUUGAUCUCAAAUCACUAGAUUAUUCUCACCACUAUAAGGUCACUUUAUAUUGAAUUUCAGGUAAUUCACAUUCAUCGAUGCUGAAGACUACUGUGGAUAGUGACACCUUCACACCAACUGUGAAAGCUUGUUCUUGUUAUUCUUGAUAUGUCAUUAUUAAUUCAAAUUAGAAAGUCUUUGCAUUAUUGUAAAUCGGAUGAGAAACAAUGUAAAGAUGGGAAUAUACAUAAAUCAACUAUGAUGGGGGGGCUUGUAUUUUACUCUGAUCUUUGUGUUUUGUGCAUUCAUAUAUUGUUCAUAUUAAAGCAUCAGAAUGUGUUCCAAAUAUGUUUUGAAUCACUAUUAAAUAUUGAUUGCUGAUUUAAAA